CCUGGUGCUGGUAGUCCUGGUGCUGGUAGACCUGGUGCUGGUAGACCGUGGCGCAGAUGAGCGACACUCACAACAAUGUGGUGCAUCAACUGCGCUUCGGACAAAACGCCCGCCAUUCUGCACAACAAGCUCCUCUACUGCGUGGAAGCUGAUCCGAGGUGUCCGGAGUCGCUCCCUUUUCCUGACUCCUCAUACGGCCCCCCGCCCGCCUUCCAUCCCUUCGGCCCCUGUGAGUCCUACCCCGCCUCCUCCGGCAGGCCCCUGGGAGGCCCCCACACGCAGGACACCUCCCCCCCCAGCCCAGCCAGCCUGCUCUGGGCUCACAGGGGUCGCCUACAGCCGGCCAGCCUGGCUCUGCGCAAGCAGGAGGAGGAGGACAGCAAACGCUGCAAGGCCCUCCGGGACAGCUAUGAGCUCUCUGCUGACCUCCAGGACAAGAAGGUGGAGAUGCUGGAGAGGAAGUACGGAGGGCAGUUUGUGUCCAGGAGGGCAGCCAAGACCAUCCAGACCGCCUUCAGACAAUAUCGCAUCAACAAGAACUUCCAGCGGCUGAGAAGCUCCGCCUCUGAGAGCAGGAUGACACCACGCAUCAUCUUGUCCAACAUGAGGAUGCAGUACUCUUUUGAUGAGCAUCAGCCGCAGGGUCAAGGGUCAGCAGGUCAGCAGGGGUCGGAGGACAUGGACGACUCCUUCAGCAAACAGGUGACGUCGCUGGCAGACUCCAUGGACGACUCUCUCACCUGCCAGUCAGGUCGCGAGGACUCCCAGGAGGCGGGGGGAGAGGGCGAAGAGGAGGACGAGGAGGAGGAGGAGGAAGAGGAAGAGGAGGAGGAGGAGGAAGACUACAGGGAGUGCACCUGGCGCAGAAGCCCCGCCUCCUCCUCACGCCGCCAGGUGGUAGGCCAGGCGAGCAGCAUGCACGAGGACAGCACGGCCACCUCCUUCAGCGACGUGACGCUCUACAUGGACGAGGGCUGCCUCCCCUCCUCGCCACUCUCCUGCCCCGCCUCCAGCUCCGACACCGAGUACUGGGGCGGCGGCCGGGAGGACGGCCGAGAGACGGAGCGAGGGAGCGACGCCGGCCGGAGGAGCGGCGCCGAGUGCCGGGGGGAGUACCGGGGCAGGGCCGGGGGCGGCGGGGAAGGAGGGCACCUUCCUGUCUUGACCAUAGAGCCGCCCAGCGACAGCUCAGUGGACAUGAGUGACAGGUCCGAGCGAGGCUCCAUCGGCCGGCUGGUGUACGAGCAGGAGCCGCCGGGGGCGGAGCGUGGGGACCAGAGGGAGCAGCGGGGAGGCGACGGCGAGAGCGGAGAGGAGGAGCAAGGAGGGGGCGGGGCAGGAAGCAGCGAGGCGGAGUCGCCGCAGGGAACCAUCAAACACAAACCCAACGGCCGCUCGGUGGUGACGGCGCAGGGACAAACGCGGUGCUCCGCCUCCCCUGCUGUGCCCCUCCCCUCGGCCCGCACCCUGCCCCCCCAGGGGCUGCCUCACCCGCUCCAGCACACCCACCCCCACCUGCCCACCGUCCUCCACCACCACCCGCAGUACAAUCACAUGAUGCACCACGGGCACGCCUACCUGCCGCACGUGGCGCACUUCCCCCAGCACCACUACCACCACCUGCACCACCACCACGCUUACCCGGAACCCCCCUCCUCGCCGCUGCCCUCGCCCGUGCCCCCCCUGACGCCGCUUUCCCCGCUGCCGCCGUCCCCCGCCAACGUGGACGCCCAUCCGCACCUGCACCAUCCGCACCUGCACCACCCGCACCUGCACCACCACCUGCUGUGCUCCGACGGCGACAACGAGAGCGUCAACUCCACCACCACCAACUCCAACGACGACACCACCGUCAACAACGGCAGCUCGGGCUCGUCGUCGCGGGACAGCCUGCGUGAGCCCGUGGGCGUGUCCUCGCUGGCCAAGCAGACCUACCAGCGCCAGAGCCGCCACAGCUGGGACUCGCCCGCCUUCAACAACGACGUGGUGCAGCGCCGCCACUACCGCAUCGGACUCAACCUCUUCAACAAGAAGCCAGAGAAGGGCAUCCAGUACCUGAUCGAGAGGGGCUUUGUGUCGGACACACCUGUGGGCAUCGCCAGGUUCAUCCUGGAGAGGAAAGGUCUGAGUCGUCAGAUGAUCGGCGAGUUCCUGGGCAGCCGGCAGCAGUUCAACAAGGACGUGCUGGACUGCGUUCUGGACGAGAUGGACUUCUCCGGCAUGGACCUGGACGACGCCCUGAGGAAGUUCCAGGCUCAGAUCAAAGUGCAGGGAGAGGCUCAGCGGGUGGAGCGGCUGGUGGAGGCUUUCAGCCAGCGCUACUGCGUGUGCAACCCGGUGCUGAUCCGCCAGUUCCAGAACCCAGACACCAUCUUCAUCCUGGCCUUCGCCAUCAUCCUCCUCAACACCGACAUGUACAGCCCCAACGUCAAGCCCGAGAGGAAGAUGAAGCUGGACGACUUCAUCAAGAACCUGCGAGGGGUGGACAACGGCCAGGACAUUCCACGAGACCUCCUGGUGGCCAUCUAUGGACGCAUCCAGAAGUGGGAGCUGAGGACCAACGAUGACCACGUCUCUCAGGUGCAGGCGGUGGACAGGAUGGUGGUCGGCAAGAAGCCGGUUCUGUCGCUGCCCCACCGGCGGCUGGUGUGCUGCUGUCAGCUGUUCGAGGUUCCCGAUCCCAACCGAGCUCAGAGAAGCGGCGUCCAUCAAAGAGAAGUCUUCCUGUUCAACGACCUUCUCAUGGUGACCAAGAUCUUCCAGAAGAAGAAGGCCUCCGUCACCUACAGCUUCCGACAAUCAUUCCCACUGGUGGACAUGCAGGUGCACACCUUCCAGAACACCUACUACCCUCACGCCAUCAGGCUGACGUCGGCCAACCCGGGCGGCGAAAGGAAGGUUCUCAUCGUGUUCACGGCGCCGAGCCAGCAGGACCGCGCCCGCUUCACCUCUGACCUCCGAGAGAGCGUGGCCGAGGUGCAGGACAUGGAGAAGUACCGCCUGGAAGCCGAGCUGGAGAAGCAGAAAGGUGUGAUGCGGCCCGCCCCGCUGACGGGGGGCGGAGCCAUGCCGGGGGGCGGGCCCGGGGCGGAGGCGGUGAACGGCACCCUGGGCAGGCCCAGCCUGGAUGACACCUACGCCUCGGUGGACGGACUCAAACGCACGGCGCUCAGCUCCUCCCUCAGGGACCUCUCGGAGACCGGAAAGCGAGGACGCAGGAACAGUGUGGGCUCCCUCGACAGCACCAUGGAGGGUUCCAUCAUCAGCAGCCCCCGGCAGCACCAGCAGUACCACGCCGGGGGCGUCCUGGCCUACAGCCCCACCAUGGCGCCACCGUCCCCGGCAGCCUACCGGCCCCACCGCCCUACUCAGAGCCCCGGUACGGGGGUGGGUGGUGGGCCGGGGCUCUGUCACAACCAGGGAGGUUUGAGCAUCUCCCCGCUCGUAAGCGGGGGCGUGGCUGGGGGCGGCGGCGGGAUGGCGACGGUUGCCGGGCCGAGUGGCGGCGGCGGCGGCCGGCUGGGGAACUUUUUCGGCAGCCGACGAGGGAAAGUUCCGGGUCCCCUGACGAUGACUUCUCCAACGCCGCAGAGUCCCCUGAGUCCCCUGAUGAUAUCCUCCCCGCCCCACUACCCCGCUCCCGAGCCGCCCAUCGCCCACCCUUCCUCCCCUUCCCCAUGCCCCUCCCCAUCGGGCAACCUCGGCCAGUUGGACCCGGGAGGCCCGGGCGGGGCGCCGUCCAAGCUCCAGGCUUUGCACGCCCAGUAUUGCCACGGCAACAGUGGAGGAGGCGGAGUCAGUGGGCAUCAGCCGCAGCAGACUCCCCCCCCGCCUUACAACCAUCAUCACCGCUACCACAUGCAGAGCGUCCCGCAGCACCACCCCCUCAUGCAGCGGGUGUCGGUCCCGCGGCGCCAGGGCCCGUCCAGCAGCGCCGCGUCCCACAUGCAGCAGCGGGUCCAGCACGGUGCCGGCCAGCACCAACGCUACAGCGCAGUCUCUGGUUUCAUCACGCCCCCGCCACUGUCCCCGCACUCGCCUCUUACCCCACACGGACUUUACCACUCCCACCCCCGCGGCGGCGCCAAGUUGCCUCUCACCAUCUCGCACUCCCAGCCCCACCCCCACGCUCACUCUCACAACCACUCCCCGCUCAGCCUGUCUCCCACCGCCACCCCGCCCACUCACUUCAUCUUCUCCGCGCCUCCGCCGCAGACCCCGUCGGCGCGCCUUGUCACGCAGACGCCGCCGCAGCCCUACGGCCCCCACUACCCGCAGCUCUCCUCCAUCCCGCCCCCGCCACCGCACUCCCCGCUACCACCGCCGUCUGCCGCGCCGCUCUCCCCUCACCCGGGGGCGGCGGGCGGCCUGGGGUCCAAGUCCAAGCCGGUCAGUCGGAUCAGCACGGUCGUGUGAGGAGCCUGAGAACCGGGGCGGCGAGCGACCUUGUCACCGCCCAUCGUAGGGCGGGGCUGAGAGGAAGCCGGCGGCGCAGGAGGAGAGCGGGCGGGCAAGUGCAAACCUAUCAAAAUGGCCGCCUGGUGAGACGGCGAGCGCUUAAAGCGGGGAAGAGGAAGUUACUUAGCCUCUGUUAUUUCCACCUCCACUUCCCCCGCGGUUAGCGCCGCCUUCUUUUAACUUACGGAAAGUGGAGUGGUCCCUUGAGCGGCCAGCGGGGGGCGCUGUACUUACUUUGUGUCCUUGAUUGACAGCCAUGCAUGUCUUGCGCAAUAGCGACUGAGUGUCCACGCUUACAGGGAACAGGGGGGCGGGGUUGGGGACCGCCAAGCCCCGCCCCCAAAGUCACUCGAGUUCUUUUGUAACUUUGAAAAGCCAUCGAACUAAAAGUGUUUUUGUUUUUUUUUUACCUCCGUGCUUGCUGGAGUUCUUGUGGCGGCUCGCAGGGUUUGGACAUUUGGACAUUUCAUCGCCCGUAUGAAGAAAUAUAAAUAAUAUAUAUUAUUAUAACCGAAACACCCCCACCCCCAACCCCCCCACUUAGUGUGUUCUAUUUUCUACGUGUUGCCAAGGGAGGAGAUUAACGUGCUACAAGGUGCCAAACAGGGUGCAUUCUGGGAAACAGAGUCUCUUCUUUUUUUCCAGACAAAUAUUCAUAACAAUCAUGGCUUUAGUGGUUCAGAGCAGGGGUCCCAAACGAGGGCCCCAGACCCCCAGUGGCCCCCACUUGACUUUUUAUUUACUACAAUUUGUCCUGGCAGACGUCCAACCAUCUUGUUGGCGUACACACUUGUGGACGUGUUACACACUAACUGUGUACAUGCUACACACUAACUGUGUACAUGCUACACACUAAUUGGCUACACACUAAUUGUGUACAUACUACACACUAACUGUGUACAUGCUACACACUAAUUGUGUACAUGCUACACACUAAUUGUGUACAUGCUACACACUAAUUGUGUACAUGCUACACACUAAUUGUGUACAUGCAACACACUAACUGUGUACA